AUGAGACAUGAUGGCACCCGCACGAACCUCACCGAUGUUGUCCGCUCGGUGCAGCUGCUCAGGGUGAACGGCUACUGCAUGACCAAGACCAUGGACAGCCUCGAGGGCUGCAUCAAGUCCAGGUGGAACGUCUGCGGAUACGACUGGGAGAUCCGCCUGUACUCCGCAGGGCUGCCCGGCCACCAUGCCAUGUACCUUUCAUGGAUAGCGGUGGAGCUCUUCUUCCUUGGCGAAGCCCGCACGCGCAACGUGAAGGCGACUUUCAGCUGUCGCCUGGUAGAUCCGAGGGGAAAGCUUAAACCAUCCGAAGAAAGGAGUCAUGCUGGAAAGUUCAGGAGCCAGCAGGACACGUCGCGUCCAAUUCUGCUCAUUGAAAGAAGCGCCCUAGAAAAGUCGGGCUAUCUCAGGGACGAUUCGUUCACCGUGCAGUGCGCCAUCACAGUGCUCAAGGACAUACCCGAUCUGCCUGCAACGAUCUCGGUCAGGGGAAUAACGGAGGUGCCAUCGUCAAACUUGCACCGGCACCUCGGCGAGAUUUUGGAGAGCGGGACCGGAGCGGACGUCACGUUCAUUGUCUCCGGCGAGUCCUUCGCCGCGCACAAGGCCAUACUCGCCGCAAGGUCCCCCGUGCUCAUGGCCGAGUUCUUCGGGGAAAUGAAGGAGAAGAGAACUGGACGGGCCGAGGUCAAGGACAUGAAGGCGGCGGCAUUCAAGGCCAUGCUGCACUUCGUCUACACCGACACGGUGCCCGAACUUGCUGACGAGAAGACGGAGACGGUGACGGCUAUGGCUCAGCAUCUGCUUGCUGCUGCUGACAGGUACGGGCUUGACAGGCUCAAGCUGAUUUGUGAAGGCAGGCUCUCUGGUGGCAUCAGCGUCGACACGGCGGCGACGACUCUGGCUCUAGCGGAGCAGCAUAACUGUUCCCUGCUCAAGGCGCAGUGUUUGGAGUUUAUAGUCAGAACUCCGGCGACUCUUGGUUCUGUCAUGGCAACGGACGGGUAUCAGCACCUGGAGGCAAGCUGCCCCUCGGUGUUGCGCGAGCUUCUCAAGUCCGCUCGUGGCAGAAAGCGCACGCGUGUCGGUCGCCGCCACCGCUAUGGGAUCUGCCCGGCCGCCGGCGAAGAAGAUGAGCAAGGUUUUGGGCGUGAAGCGGAAAAAAGUUCCUACGAAAAAGCCGGCGUCUUCGUCCACUCCCUCCGCCCCGACGAGAUGUUCCGCGACGAUGCCUUCAACGACGCUACUUCCAUCGUAGGUGAGGUGUUUGAUGAAAUGGCUAGGAGCGGCGGUUCGAACAAUGUCGUUGCCGAGUUUGUGAACUUGUUGGACACCAACGGCGUCGACAUCGAUCAAGCCUCGUUCGCUGAUUUUGAUUACAAUGAAAUGGAGGGUGACGUGGAUGAUCACGAUGGUGAAGAUGAAGUGAAGGAGGACAAAAUUGCCCAACAACGGUACAAAGAGAUGGAAACUUCCCAAAGUAUUUUUUUUAAACUAGAGCAUUGUUUGGAUAUGCUUAAAGACUACGACAAGUGGAAGUUGAUUGACAAAGAAUCUCCACUGAAGAGAGGUUCAUUUAUGAACAUGGAUGGAGAUGAAGAUGAUGAUGGCUCAAGAAACUUGAACAAGCCCGAUGAUGACAAGAAGACAAAGGAGACGAUCAAGAGGGAACACGAAGCAUCGAGCUUGCCGGACAAGAUAGAUGCCAUGGUGCAAUCAAAUGAGUUGAUGCUAGCAAAGACAUUGGAGACAAAUAAAGAGUUGGCCGAGAAGAAGGCACGACAGAAGCAAGAGAGGUGA